UGGGCGACCCGUCAUGUAGCUCAGUAUCAGCACACGAAGUUUCAGCUUUCCAGGAGGGCAUUUUCAUGAAGUCCGUUACGCCAUCCGCCAUAUGCGAUUCGCGCACGGAGAAAAGUAGCCUAGAGCACUCCCCCAGCUGGUGCUUUUGGGGGGUCGUCAACGUGUGGUAAAAAACUAUAGUACAUGUCCAUGGCCCUCCUCUCGGGUGCCCCCGUUUCCGGCUCAGCCAUUCAUCGUGGCAUCACACCUGAUGAAGCGGCCGCUGUCCAUCACCCUCUUUCGGUGGUCCCUUUCGACGUACAGAGCGGCAGGAGUGGCCAGCUCUCCGGGCAGUCACCGCCACUCCGCUCGCCACUCACACCCGGCCAUCAGCUGCAGCAGGAGGGUCCAUCGGUGGUGGGCACGCGAGUCGGUGGGAGCGGCCUAGGGCAGAAGGGCCGGCCAGCUGUCGACGUUCCCCCAUGGCCUCCUGGCCUCGCUGCCGCACACCAGGAUGAUCCUCUUGCACUGCCCGGCUGUCGCACAGCACCACUUGAUUCCAAGGUACGGAAACACAGACACAUCACGCUAGCUGUCUUUUGGUGGUCCUUCCAUGCUCUUCUCCCUUCUCACAUGUGUGGGUGAGAAGCCCUUCUCUGUCGGGAACUUUGGCUAUCAGGAGACGAAACACGCCGCCACCGCACACCGACGAGCGAUGGACAUGGUAGUGUCGCCUUGGCCUCCACCUGGCGGUGGCAUAGCAGGUUACCGCCGGAUUGCCAUCGUCCGUCGUCCCCCCGCAACCGUCCCCACGGGGCCGAUGUCGGAGCAUCAAGCCGGUGUCAGAGGCGUCAGCUUCAACAAGGGGAACAACGCAUGGCAGGCCAACUGGUAUGAGAAGGGUAUCCAAAAAGGGAAAUCAUUCUCGGUGUGGAAGCAUGGCUAUGAGGGCGCUAAGACAGCCGCCAUCGCACAUAGGCGGGAGAUGGAGCGAUUGCACUACUACUACGACAAGAGGCGUGGCAGGCUUAUGGCGAGCCCUCCCGCCGAGUGCCAUCGUCAGGCCGCUGUGGUAAAUGACCACUGCAGCCCCCAGGAGAAGACCGACACAAGAGACGGCUGCGCGGGGCCUCAUGAGACCAGGGCUGGUGGGCAGCCAGCCGGCACGUCGGCCGCUGAUAUCGAAGGCGCCAGCAGGGUGGAGGAGGACAUCAUGCUGACAAGGCUGCUGGAGGGUGUGCGUGCGACUGAUCCUCAGAGUGGCGGUCGGUAUGAGAUCGCCACAGUGACGGUGGCCGGCCGGCAGACAAAGGCAAUCCGGUGGAGGCCGACGGGUUAGAGGAGAGAACACAGGGCAAGCAAGGGCAGGAUUGAUCUGCCUGUGUGUCUGCUGAUCAGGUGUGUGUGUAGCGUCUGACCGGCGUGAUGUCCAGGACCAAGGUAAUGGACAGCCAGUUGGCUCAGCCAGGAUGCACCACUUCACCCAUCGUCUCGGCUGUCCGCCUGUGUGCCAUUCAGGAUUGGCUGAUCCUCCGAAGCGCCAUCUGCCAAGCAGCCCCCCUGUCAACCCCUGCAAUGGCCGAGACCCCUCACCGGACCGCAGCCGCCCCCCGAAGAGGCAGCGCACAGAGCCGCCAUAG